AUGAUUAGGAGAAGAACAACUGCAUCAGAAAUGGACCAAGCGGACCCGACAGCUGUAGCAGCAGCAGCAAGUAUCGGUAAAUUAUUCAUGAUGAAGAAGGGUAAUCAACCAGAGAACAAGCAAAAGUUGACCUAUCGCUCCGCUUCAUUAACAAACUUGAGAAAACAAUCCACUUCCAAAAGAGUGUCUUCUAUUUCAACUUCAACGUCGGAGUCCGUGAGGGGUAAUGGUAAAGGCUACUCCGGAAAAGUAAACAGUCUCACGCAGCACUCAUCAACGGGAAAGGAUAACUCAUUAAAUUCUUCUUUGAGGAAGGGCCCACAAUACAAGAUCGGAUCACAUCAUAGAACUUCGAGUCUUCCUAGCCAGAGAGGUCAAUCCAGCAGGAGCAAUUCUAAUUUGCAACGUCAAAAGUCCAAAACGCGUCAAAGAAUUAGCUAUGAUGAGGCUCAACGUACGUUUAAGGAUUUUGGGGGACCGCAGGCUAGAGGUAUUCUAACGAACCAGCAUCGUACGAAUAACAAAAACAGUUCUGCUCCUUUGAUGACCACGCGAAAAUAUAUUCCUGGACCUAACGGCUUGAUUGCAAUUGAAGUCCCAGUUGAAGAACCAGCCAACGUCAAUACUUUUAAAUCGCUAAGACGUUCAAACUCAGCUCAUAGUGCCUUGAACGUAAGGAACAGUACACCGUUGAGAAGGAAAGUCUCACAAGGAUCUUUACAUUCUCAACCUAAGAGGACUUCAUCUCUAAGGAAUUCAUCAACUUCACAGACAAAACAAGGCGAAAAGCCGGUGCAAGAAGGAAAGAUAGCAAAGAAAUGUCCAACAACUUCAAAUGUUCCUCUUAUUGAAACAAAAGUUCCUGAAGAAACGGAUCAAGAGUUGAACCUUGAAAAUUCUAACUAUUCUGGAUCCGACACUGUAGUCAACAGUGAAAAUAUUCUAGAAAAGCCUUCAUUAAAUGGUGGACAGGAGGAUGAUCUAACUGAGCUAAUAAAUGAAAACAUAGAGUUGGAAGGUUUCAUAAAAGAAGAAGAAAAGGAGAAAUCUUCAAAAUAUGAUGAAGAAGAUGUUCCUUUAGGUGAACCAAGUUCAGAGAGUAAUGUCAAACAACUAAACGAAAGAUACGAAUCACCUCCUGUUAUAACGGUCCUGACCCAUGACAAGGUGGAAAAAGAGGAUGUUAAUAAACCGAUUGAAGAACAUCGUCAUGCAAAUGUUGAAGCAGUUGAUAAGCUAGUUGAACAAUCGAACCACAUUUCAUCUAGUGGUAGUUCUUCUUUAAAAGAAAUAACCGAAAAUGACAGGCCCAAAAAUGACCCUCUGAUCUUGGCUAGUGACGCAAUCACAUUUCCCACACAAGACUUCAAUGAAAAAUCCAAUUUAGUUCAAGAAGGUAGUAUUUUGGAAGGUUCCGAAAGUUCACAAAAGGCUGGAAACCAGGAUAGUACCUCUGAGCGUUCUUGCAAUAACAACAUUCAUUCUAAUCAGGAGAAUGUAGAUGACAUUAACGAUAAGUACUUUGAUACUGUAGAAGAGACCACUCAAGAAAUGAACAAGCCAGGUUCUUCCCAGAAAAUCGAUCAGCACAAGCAAACAGAACCAACACCUUCUUUAGCGCAAUAUCUAAGGACUUCAAGUAACUAUCUUUCUCCAAAAAACCGAUUAAAACAAGCUGAACAAAAUAACCUUCACAAACCUGAAGCUCACAUGGUUCCUGUAACAAAAGUUGUCACACCAAUUAAAUCUGCUCUUAAGAAAUCAUCAGGGCUGUCCAGUCAUAAUACAUCCAUCUACUCUGAUAACUCUCCCGCCAAUGGCGCAUACUUGUCUCUUACAACUGCUGAAAAUACGAGGCUAAAUGCUCAAAUGUCUAUUCCUGAUGGUACGUCGCGAAGGAAUAGUGUAAAACGUUCUUCCAUGAAAAGACCUCAAUCAGUAGGCCAAUUCAGGAACAACAGAUCAAGUUCCCCCUCUCCUCCAGAGAAGUUAAGCAAUAAACGGCAUUCUGCUAUACCUUUAGGAACCCCAGAAAAGGGUAAACCCAAGAGAAAUUCCACCAUAGCUUCACUCUCAAAACAUUCACACCAAAUGCAAGAGCCAACAGGUAUAGAUGGUCUCAAUGGACCAAAGAAAUAUAAAAAUUCAAUCAAUAACAACAGUGUCAAUAAAAGUGUAAAGGGAGGUUCACAAGUCGUGCAAAGCAAUAAACGUCCAACGAAGGAUAUGAGUAGCAUUUUAUAUCCUAAAGAACCACCUCCUCGCAAAUCUAGUUUUGAGAAAACAAGAAGUAAUGAAUCACAUCUCGGGUUCAAAAAACUUUCUUUGAGAAGUGGUGAUUUGGAGGACGGGUUAAGUGAUGAUUAUAAUGGACAAGGUUAUCAUAACAGUACAAGUAUGAAUCGAACCGAGACAGCACAGGAGUUUUUUAAAAACUUGGGUCACUCUUCGAGAUUUGCGGACUCGGACUCAGAAGAUGACUCCCAAUUCCUUAACCAAAGCUCAUCGAAACCCAACACAGAAACAGAAGGUAAUAAAGUCAUCAACAACAAGAAUAGUAGUGGUGGUAGCGGUGCCUUUUCACUGUUCAAGAGCAAAAGCAAGCAGAAAGAAAAUGAGGUAGCUUUCCCAGGCAUUUCACGUCAAAAUCACAAUGCUUCUGAUCCUGUCACACCAAGUAAAAAAAUGAGUAAGAAGUUCAGCGGAGUGUCCUUAAGAGUUGUGAGUGAAGCUGAACCCGCAAAAAGUUCAAACCCUUCUAUGACCAAUAGGUUACGGUUUUCUAGUAAUCCAGAGAAUAACGAAAAUAGACACACACAGGUACAAGAAAUUAAUACUACAAAAGAAAAGAAGGGUGGCUUUGGCAAAAAACUAAAAAAAAUUUUCGGUAGAAAAAAGUAG